AAUUAAUGGACGUCCUGUCUUUGUAUUUAGUCAAGAUUUCACGGUAUUUGGUGGUAGUCUAUCAAGUAUGCAUGCUCGUAAGAUAUGUAAGAUAAUGGAUAAGGCAGUAUCAGUAGGUGCUCCCAUUAUUGGUCUCAAUGACUCAGGGGGAGCCAGGAUACAAGAAGGAGUGGACUCACUAGCUGGAUACGCUGAUAUAUUCCUACGUAAUGUGAUGUCAUCAGGAGUAGUCCCACAGAUAUCAUUAAUAAUGGGACCCUGUGCAGAUUGUUUGGAUAUUAAUGCAUCAGUUAAAGGUGCUCGGUUCGUUAGGUUCUGUGAUGCUUUUUGUAUUCCACUGAUAACCCUUGUUGAUGUACUGGGAUUUCUACCAGUUAAUGUCAUGAAUAUCAUGUGCUGCUGACAGACGUUAAUAUACCAUCAUGAGAUCUAUUCUAGGUGAUAUUUCUUCUCUAGGAGCAAGCCUAGGUUAACAAAGCAGAUAUGCAAUCUUCAAACAUGAUUUUUUCAGUGACUGCUUCUAACUAUAAGCAAGAUAACUUUAAUUUAAGCAAGAUGACUACAAGAUACUGAAUUUAGACAUGUGCAAUUGCUUUGCUAGCUCUGACAUGUAUAUCAUACAGCACAUAAUCUAUAGCUUGCUUAGGCUCGUUAUAAUUUAACACAUUAAUCAGCUCAGGCUCGCCCCCUUAAUGCCUUGCAUUUUCCCUAGUCUAUACACAAUAUCAAUGAUACAGUAUUGGUCAUUCAUUGUAACUAAAUCAAUUAAUGUUUAACAUAAUGUCACCUCCUCCACAUUAUAAUGAGACACACAUUAACUGAUCAAUCAUUAGCUGAUACUAAUGGGCUAAUGUUCAUAUACUGUAUAUUACAUACAGUCACUAGUCAAUAGUGUCUGCUGGAGUAGAGGAGGAGGUGUCUGUUAUAAGGAGUGUAUCUGUUAAUAGUAUCACAUUGUACUAAUAAUAGUGAUAAUAGUAUUUAAUAAUAAUUGUUUUUAAUAGUUGUUUGUCGUUCCCAAACUGUUUGUCUCCUCCCACUACUGUCACUAGUAAUGUUAUCAUAUCUACAAUGAGACACAGGAUAUAUUAUAAUAAUGAUUUGUUAUUAUUUCAUAAUUUCCCAUCGUACAGCAACAGCUAGUGUAGAAACCACUCAAUCAUUAGUUAAUGACAUAUUAAUAAAUGAUUUAAUAAUAAUAAUAAUAAUAGCAAAGCUAAUUGUUGAAAUAUUGUACAGUAUUAUAGACGGUGGUCAAUGAAAAAUUUAAUAUAAGAGAGGGAAAGGGAAAGUUUCAGGGGAGGGGGAAGAUAGUUCCAUUGAUUAAUUGCA